AUGCCGCGGGGUUCGUGGUUACUGCUGAUCGCAGUAUGCCUCAUCCUGCUUCCCGGCAAAGCUGAAGCCUUUGGUGCUGGAAACAUUCCUUCAAUUGCUCAGGUCGAAGGUCACAACUGGCGCCAUGGAGACAUUGAGGAUAUGCUCGAGACGAUCGCCUUCCUUCACGGAAAGAAAUGGACUUCUAUGCUUAUCAAACGUACCUACUUUGGAAAUUGGCUACGCGACUAUUCUCAGGCCGUUGAUAUCGGCAGUUUGAAGGGUGUCAAUGCCGAGACGAUUCGCAUUCUUGUAUGA